AUGCCACAAGGAGUUACAGUUUGGAGAAAGAAUGGCACAGAGCUACAAACAGGAUGGAAAUAUCGUGUAGAUGCCUAUAGUGAUGAUGAUUACACCAUCACCUUGAGUUUGCGUAUACGUCAGAUAUCCAAAGAAGAUUAUGGAGUGUACACAUGUGUGGCUUCCAAUCGAUUAGGACAUGAUGAAGAAACUAUGAUCUUGUAUGAAAUAGGAGUGUCCAGUAAAAAACCAAGCACAGUAAGUUCUGUGAAACCAGAAUAUGGUCCUGAUUUAAACGGCCAUGGGCAGGUCAUUGAGAGUUCUAACAAUGGUAGAAAAAGACCAGAUGUUUCAAUUGUAUCGUACAAUUCGUAUCACACCAAGACCACUCCACAUGGAAGUGGAAGUGCUCACAUUGAACAAGGUUUAUAUACAGAUAGAGCGGCUGAAUCCUGUUUCACAGUGUCGUCGUCCAUUUUGACCGUGAUUGCCCUGUUAUCAACAUUUGACCUGCUUUCUGUUGCGUGA